GCCAUCAAAAGCGUUGGAGGAACGUAAAAUGCAACAAGAAAUGGAGAAAUGUAGUAACCUCAACACUCAACACUCUAGGAACAACGAAACGCCAAUGCGCUCUGUGCAUCAGAUGCGAUGGUGAGAUGAGAGACUGAAACUGAAACUGAGGCUGAACCAAUUAUGGAAUCGCAAAGCCCAACAAACCAAAGACCCGCCACCAACUGCCACAAUGACUGAGGUUGAUACUGAAACUGAGAGAUCGAGAUCAAGACGCAGAGAUGUAGAUGGCGCUUGCGAUUUGGACAAUGUCCAAAAGCUGGUGGCGUUUCAACUAUAAAUGCGCGACGCAUCUCUUGGACAGUUAUCAGUUUUACGGUUUCGUUCGUUUGGUUUACCACGCGCAUCUGUAACUCCACUCAAGAUGAAAUCCAUUGUUUGUGCCGUCGUUGUCGCCGUUGCCCUUGUGGGAUUGGCUCAAGCUCGUCCGCAGGCGUUGGGCAAUCGCUACUUGCCACCUCUGCCCAUCAAGGAUGUGACCACCCACAAUAUUCAGACGAUCUUCCAGCAGCCCCAGCAGCAGCCAAUUGCUCAGGUUGAAUCGAUCCGUCCAUCGAUCUCGUUGGGCAGCUUCUCGAUUCAAUCGGGUGGUCAGACAACCACAACCAUUCAGCAAUCGCCUGCUCCAGUUUCGGUUUCUGCUCCUGCUCCUGCUCCCAUCACCUAUGAGGCACCCACUCCCAUUGUGGCCGUCCAGACGCCUGUCAAGAACACCUACUUGCCACCCGUGUCCGUUCCACAAACCUACACUGCACCAGCUCCAGUGGUUCAGCAGCAGACUUACUCUGCACCUGCUCCUGCUCCAGCUCCAGUUCCAGUUGCUGCUCCCGCUCCAGUUGUCCAGGAGAGCUAUGUUGCCCCCGCUCCAGUGGUUCAGCAGCAGACAUACUCUGCUCCAGCUCCCGCUCCAGUGGUUCAGCAGCAGACUUACUCCACCCCACUCCCCGCUCCAGUGGUUCAACAGACCUACUCUGCUCCCGCUCCUGUGGUUCAAGAGACUUACACUGUGAAUGCUCCUGCUCCAGUUGUUCAGCAAACUUACUCCGCUCCCGCUCCAGUGGUUCAACAGACAUACUCGGCUCCAGCUCCUGCUCCCGCUCCUGUGGUUCAAGAGACCUACACUGUCAACGCUCCUGCUCCAGUGGUUCAGCAAACCUAUUCCGCUCCAGCUCCCGCUCCUGUGGUGCAGGAGAGCUACUCUUACCCUGCACCCACCCAGGUGGUUCAGGAACAAAUCACCGUCCAGGCACCCGCUCCAGCUCCAGUUGUGCAGCAAACCUACACCGCUCCAGCCCCCGUUGUUCAGGAGAUCCAAACAGUUCAGGCUCCCGCUCCUGUGGUUCAGCAGACCUACACAGCUCCCGCUCCAGUGGUUCAGGAAACUCAAGUGAUUUCAGCUCCAGCUCCAGUUGUCCAGGAAACUUACUCUGCUCCAGCUCCCGCUCCCGCUCCAGUGGUGCAACAGACCUACACUGCUCCCGUGGUCCAGGAGAGCUACUCUGCUCCAGCUCCCGCUCCCGCUCCAGUGGUACAACAGACGACCUACACAGCUCCUGCUCCAGUUGUUCAACAGACGACUUACACAGCUCCUGCUCCAGUUGUUCAACAGACGACGACCUACUCAGCUCCCGCUCCAGUGGUUCAACAGACUUACACAGCACCCGCUCCCAUCGUCCAGGAGACCAUUCAACAGGCUGCUCCAGUUGCCCAAUACAGCGGCUACAACUACCAAGCACCCGCUCCAAUUGUGCAGCAAACUACCACUACCUAUAGCGCCCCCGAGAUAGUGUCUGCUCCCGCUCCAGCUCCCGCACCAGUUGCCGCUCCCGUUGAGAUCCAGACUCAACAGCAGGUCAUCACCACUACAACACAAGCUCAGGCUCAGACUCAGGUUCAAGCCGCUCCAGCUCCAGUGCCAGUUCCCGCACCAGCUCCGGUUCCAGUGUUGCAGCAAUCCUUUGUGCCUGCCCCCCCAGCCCAACCCAUUGUGCAGCAGUACAGCAGCCCGGCUCCAGCACCCAUUGCUCCCCAGCAGAUCUUCCAGCAGUUCACCCCUACUUAUAGCUACACCCAACCCGCUGUUCAGCAGCAACAGCAGCAAAUCACCUACACUCAGUCCGCUCCUGCUCCUGCUCCCGCCCCCGUCUCCAUUCCCGCUCCUGUUGUGCAGAAAACCGAGAUCAUUCAGCAAGCCGCUCCAGCACCAGCUCCACUUCCCAUUGCGGUUUCGGCACCAGCCACCACCUCAGUGAUCAGCAGCACGGCCACAGCCACGUCCAGCGGCAGCCAGAUUGGCACCAACUACGGCUCCAACGGCGGCUACGUCUACUAAGCAUGCGAGAUGCGUUUGAACGGGUUGCCCUCCCCUCAAGAGAGGCCCGAACUCGCGUCCAGCUUGACGUUCGUUAUCGUUAAUUGUUUCAUUUAAUUAGCCAAAUUGUAGCCCUAGUCUUGUUAUAUACAGUGUUUUUUUUUAUACAGCCUAAACAAAUUUUUUACAAU